UCUUACUCAGCUGUGAUCGUCACUGCAAUUUUCAGGAUUUUGCGAAUCAGAAUUCGGACGACCGUCGACUCAAUUUACAAUCGACCGAUGACAGUUCGUUACAUUUUUAACCAGCACGAAGCGAGAAGAAAAUUAAUAGUGGCGAUCACAGAGGAAGACGGCUUCGGCAACCACGCGGUAUCCGAGACUUUGGGCACGAACUGCAAUGUUGAUCAGCGAUGACAGCUGCAGCAGUGGGUACCUACUGACGAAAACUUCGUUGUCACAAGCUGCGUGCAGACGGUAUUAAAAUUUAAAACGUAACUUGAAACCGGAACAAAAUCAGCAACAAUUAGCCGCGCACCUCUAUCACCUGAAGUAUGACUGACUGCAUGUUCCGCCGAUGCUAUCGCCCCCACCGCAGCAGCAGCACGUGAGAUAAGUCAUACAUUUUAUCGACAGUGACACAUUUUUUUCGCAUUCCGUCAUAUAAUUGGUAUAUGAUUGAACUGAAAUCGAUAAAAAUUUGCCGGUGAUAAAGUUGUUAAAAACAUUAUUUAAAAAAAUACUGAGAAGUGAAGUUCUAACUAUACCAAUACUAAAAUUGUUAAAAUGAUGAUAAUUAUUAAUUAUUACACAUAAUGGCAAAAUCGAGGACUUCGAAAAUUCAGAUGAAUACGCUGGUGGAAUUGAUGUCUAAUGACCCAAAACUGAGUGCUGGAAAAUUUUCAGAAAAUUUCACAAGAAAAAUUGCUAAUGCAAGAUGGGACGAAAUUGCCAUUGAACUAAAUUCUCUACCUGGUUGCGAAAAAUCAGGGAAUAAAUGGAAAAAGGCAUGGCAAGACACAAUCGCAAAAAAUAGGGCUGCAUUAAUCAAAAGACAUAUUAAUGGUACUGGAGGAGGACCUGCCACUAAUUUGGUAAUGUCAGAGGCUCAAACGGAUAGCAUUCCAUUAAUGAGCCAAGAGGCUAUAAGUGGUUAUUUAAAUGCAUUGGAGUCCUCUGUAACAUAUAAAAAACCUGCAGAACAAACAGCUUCAUACAUCUAUAAUAAAGACGCAAAAACAACAGAAGAGGGUAUGAACUCUGAACAACCUAUGAAAAAAGAACCUGCUACUGAAAUAUUAUCAGACAGCAACAAAGCUGCAUGGAAAAUGGUUGACCUUGCAUCUAAAAAAUUAAAUAUUAAAUCCAAUUAUUAUGAUCAAAAGUUGAUUCUUUUACAACAAAAAAAUAAUAUCCUCAGGAACAUCCAUACAAUUUUGGAAUCAUACAUUCAAAAUAAAACGCGUUCACGCGAACGCAAGAGACGUCGUAGCAGAGACCGUGGUUCUAGGGAUGUAGAGUAUGAUGAAGUUGAAGAGGUUCCCGUUACCAAAUCUAGCGAUAAAGAUCAUGAGGUCGAAAGAAAAAGAAAACGCAGUCAUUCUAGGGACCGUGAAAGUAAGAAGGAUCGCAAAGAAAUAGAUCAACAUCGUCGAGACAAGAGCAAAGAUCGCCGUGACGAACACGAUAAAGACAAUUCUGAACGUGAUGACAAAAUUCAUACUAAACAAGAACCUGUUGAUGAAUAUGACGAUAGUUUUGACAGUUACAAUGACGAAUAUGAUAAUGGUUACAACAGUCCUCAUGAUGAUUAUGAUCCAUAUUUGGUUAAACAAGAGGAACCCGAUGAAGAAAAUGCAAAUGGUAGCCGUUACAGUAAUAAUGCAAUAUGAUUUAAUAGACUGUCUUGUACUGUAUUGUCUAUUUUUAACAUAAAUGAAAAUGUAAAACUUAAGAAAAAUGGAAUUAAAAAUGUAAUAAUUCUUGUUUAGUUUAAUGUUUCAAAACAAAUUUCUGUUUCUAUGUAGGUAUUAUAGUAAGUAUAUAAAUUCCACAUCUUCAUUUUUUAAAUUUUUAUUAAAUAUUUUAAUAAGUAUUAUGUUGAAUUGUAAAUAAUUUAAAGGGUUUAUAUAAAUAUAUUAUAAUUUUUUUUUUUUUUUUAUUGAAUCGAAAACACAAGGUGUACAAUAUAAUUAAAUUUGUAUAUAAGAGUACUAGCGAAUUAUCUAUCUCCGUUAAGCAAUGCUUGUGUUGGGGAUAGAGAGUUGAGAUUAUAUUUACAUGCAAAUUAAGACAAAAAACAGAGAUGUAACAAAAAAGGUGAAAAAAAAAACAAUACAAUAAAUAAUAAUAAAUUACAAUUUGGAAUAAAAA